AACAAUAAUCCCUUGCAAAUUCAUAUACUCUCGAGAGCUAGGGUUCGUCGACAAGGAACCUCGAUUCCAGCAAAACAAUCCCUUGGUUGUGUCCGCAUCUACUGGUUCUUGCCACUUGCAUCUCUGAAGUUCUGUACUACUUGGAGUUUUGCACAAGGAUGGCCGCAAUUUACAGUCUUUAUAUCAUUAACAAAUCAGGGGGUCUCAUCUUCUACAAGGAUUAUGGGUUAGCAGGAAGAAUGGAUACAAACGAUAGUUUGAGAUUGGCAAGUUUGUGGCAUUCGAUGCACGCCAUCUCUCAGCAAUUGUCCCCUAUUUCUGGUUGCUCCGGUAUUGAACUCCUUGAAGCUGACACAUUUGAUCUCCAUUGCUUUCAAUCUCUUACCGGGACGAAGUUUUUUGUGGUAUCUGAACCUGGAACACAGCACAUGGAGCAUCUGUUGAAACAUAUUUAUGAACUAUACACAGAUUAUGUUUUGAAGAAUCCAUUUUAUGAGAUGGAAAUGCCAAUUCGGUGUGAGCUCUUUGAUAUCUACUUGUCGCAGGCAAUACAGAAGGACCGCGUUGCGUAUCUUGGCCGAUGAAUCAAUGCAAACAAACCCCAUUAAAACCUUUUUAUUUUCAGUUUGAACCGAAGAAUGUCCGGUAAGUGGUGUUAUUACUUUCCAAGUGAAUUAGACAGACAUCUUAGCAACCAACACAAGUAGCAGACCUUUUCGGAUAUAAAUGAUUCCUGUUCUAAGCAAAAUCCUUUUCUUAACCCAGGGUACGGGUAUGGGUACGGGUACAGGUACAGGUACAGGUUACCGUGGGAUUUAGUGGGUGUGUUUGUAAACAUGUAUAUGGGGUCUUCAUAGACAGUCUCUUCACUCCUCUGGGUAGAGCUAAAGGUAAGGCUUAUGUACAUCUUACCCUCUGUAGACCCUACUUCGUGAUGAUUGGAUUAUCAAAAAUGUUGGAUGAUUGCCCGCAUUAAGUCAUCAUUUUCGCUUGGCAUGGUCAUUUGAUCGUAUAUCUAGUUCUUGCCGCUUGAUCUGGUUUGCAUUUAUCAGACUCGAAAAUUAGUCUUCCUUUUCUGAUUGAUCGACCAACAUGGUAGAACUGUUGAAACCCGUUAUGCUAUUGUGGCACGUUUUGCAUUGUGAAUGUGGAUUCUCGUGAAGUCUUAUGUAAUUCAAGCGUUAUGAUUGUGGUUUA